UCCUCCUCUUCUGCUGCAAAACCCUAAUCACCAACGUUGCCAGCAGGAAUGGGGAAUAAUUCAAAGGAAGAUAUGAAGUUACCAUUACUGCAACAAUCUAAUGACAUGAAUCUAGAUGGUUCUAGAUCAAUUGGUAAUGUGGAUCAAAGAGUUACAACCAUAAUUUUCAAAAUUGGUGGAGUUGAAUGUGCAUCAUGUUCAACCUCGAUUGAAUCCGUGCUUCAGAAUCUAAACGGCGUCAUGAGCAUCACUGUGUCGCCGAUUCAAGGCCAAGCCGUAGUUAAAUACGUAUCCGAACUUGUUAGUGCAAAAACAAUCAAAGAUACCAUAGAAGCAGCAGGAUUCAAAGUAACUGAAUGUAUAGAACAAGACAUAGCAAUAUGCAGACUCAAAAUCAAAGGCAUGUCAUGCACAAGCUGCUCGGAAUCAAUCGAAAGCGCUCUUUUAACAGUCGAAGGUGUCAAAAAGGCGGUUGUUGGUUUAGCUCUCGAAGAAGCGAAAAUAAACUACGACCCAAACGUCACCAACACAACACGUAUCAUUAAAGCGGUUGUAGACGCUGGUUUUGGAGCCGAUCUUAGACGAUCCGAAAAUGACGCAAAUAAAGUUCAUAUAAGACUACAAGGUAUCAUAUCUCCACAAGAUAUGGAUUCAAUCAUGCAAUCUCUAGAGACGUUAAACGGUGUGAAUAAUGUUGAAAUGGAUAUAAAAGAAGCCAUUGUGAUUGUUGGCUAUGAUCCGGAUUUGACCGGGCCAAGGUCAAUACUAUCGUUUAUCGAAGAUUCUUGCGUUGGAUCUAAUCGUUAUCAAGCGAGUUUACACAUACCGGAGAAACAACGCGAUACCGAGAGAAACCAUGAGAUUAAAAUGUAUAGAAAUCAGUUUUUCUGGAGCUGUUUUUUUUCGGUUCCGGUUUUUAUAUUCUCUAUGGUACUUCCAAUGGUUCCUCCUUAUGGAAACUGGUUAAGUUACAAGAUUCAUAACAUGCUUACUAUCGGCAUGGUUUUACGAUUGAUCCUAUGCACACCCGUGCAGUUCCUAAUCGGUCGAAGGUUUUACGUGGGAUCGUAUCAUGCGUUAAGGCGAAGAUCUGCUAACAUGGAUGUUCUAGUUGCACUUGGUACUAAUGCUGCAUACUUUUAUUCUGUAUACACAGUAAUAAAAGCAUCACUUUCGGAUACAUUCGAGGGCCAAGAUUUCUUCGAAACAAGUACGAUGUUGAUAUCGUUUAUUCUUUUCGGUAAAUAUUUGGAGUCUAUGGCUAAAGGAAAGACAUCCGACGCAUUAGCAAAGCUUAUGGAUCUUGCUCCGGAUACAGCGUGCCUAUUAACGGUUAACAACGAAGGAACCAUUCUUUCGGAGACAGAAAUUAACACGCGAUUAAUAGAACGUAACGACAUUUUAAAGAUAUUUCCUGGCUCGAAAUUCCCUGUUGAUGGUAUCGUUGUUAACGGUCAGGGGUACGUGAAUGAAAGUAUGAUCACCGGAGAAGCAACACCCGUUGCUAAAAAUGUCGGUGACAGGGUUAUUGGUGGUACAGUGAAUGAGAACGGAUGCUUGUUGAUCAAGGCGACUCAUGUCGGUUCAGAGACCGCACUCUCACAAAUCGUUCAAAUAGUCGAGGCGGCUCAACUUGCUAGAGCGCCUGUACAGAAGCUAGCUGAUCAGAUAUCAAAGUUUUUUGUACCCGCAGUGGUUGUGGCUGCUGUUAUGACAUGGUUGGGAUGGUUCAUCCCUGGAGUAGCGGGAAUGUAUCCGAAAAGUUGGAUACCAAAGGCAAUGGACGAGUUUGAGCUUGCGUUACAGUUUGGUAUAUCGGUUCUGGUUGUAGCGUGCCCGUGUGCUUUGGGUCUAGCCACUCCAACCGCGGUUAUGGUUGCAACGGGCAAGGGUGCAUCACAAGGUGUACUCAUUAAGGGCGGAAAUGCUCUAGAAAAGGCACACAAGGUUAACACGGUCGUGUUCGAUAAAACAGGAACGUUAACGAUUGGAAAACCCGAAGUGGUUAGCGCGAUACUAUUUUCAAGAAUUUCUAUGGAGGAGUUCUGCAACAUAACGAUUGCUGUAGAGGCAAACAGUGAACACCCAAUAGCAAAAGCCAUAGUGAAGCAUGCCAAGAACAGAUUACCGAACCACAAGACUCAAACUACCAACGACUUAACAAUAAACGAAUUCGAGGAGCACCCAGGAGCCGGUGUUGGGUGCAAAGUAGGACCCAAAACAGUUUUAAUCGGUAACAAGCGACUAAUGCGAUCAUACAACAUCCCUAUAGGUCUCGAAGUCGAAACAUACUUUUCGGACAACGAAAAACUAGCUCGCACGUGCGUGCUAGUCGCCAUUAACGGUAAAAUCGCUGGUGCGGUAUCCGUCACUGAUCCUGUUAAACCAGAGGCUGCAAGUGUAGUAUCAUAUUUACAAACAAUGAACAUUAAAACCAUAAUGGUUACCGGUGAUAACCGGUCAACAGCAACCGCGAUCGCAACGGAAAUCGGUAUCGAAAACGUGUUUGCAGAAACUGAUCCGUUGGGGAAAGCGGAGAGAAUCAAGGAGUUGCAGGAGAAAGGAAUGAUCGUUGCAAUGGUCGGAGACGGAAUCAACGAUUCACCAGCGCUGGUUGCGGCGGAUGUUGGAAUGGCGAUAGGUGCGGGAACAGACGUGGCGGUUGAAGCGGCGGACGUGGUGUUGAUUAAGAGUAGUUUAGAGGAUGUGAUUACGGCGAUUGAUUUGUCAAAGAAGACGAUGUUUCGGAUUCGUGUUAAUUAUGUGUGGGCGCUUGGGUAUAAUGUGCUCGGAGUUCCGGUGGCGGCCGGAGUUUUGUUUCCGGUUAUGGGAGUUAGGUUGCCUAUGUGGUUGGCUGGUGCAUGCAUGGCUGCUUCUUCAGUUAGUGUGGUUUGUUCUUCUUUGUUGUUGCAAACUUAUAAGAAACCAUUUGUGUAUUCUAGAUGAGGAAAACAUGUUUGGAAAUGGGAAGGAAAUCUUUUUAAAACAUGUAAAAUGUUAUAAUUAAGAAAUAAGUUGGUGUGUGUACUUGA